AUGUCGUCCUCAAUCCUCCUCGCUGCUACCGCAGCGCUCUCCCUCUUCAGCUCGGCCUCCGCGCAUUUCCAAAUCCAAAAACCAGUUCCCAUCACUGGCUCCGCUCCGAAAGAUCCCCUCAAUCCCAGUGGAUCCGAUUUCCCGUGUCACGGUGCUGAUCUCUCCAACAUCGGCUCGCGAACUAGCAUGGCUGUUGGUUCCUCGCAAAAUCUCGAGUUCAACCUCGGUGAUGGUGCCAAUACUGCCGUCCAUGGUGGCGGUUCGUGCCAGCUCAGUGUGACUUACGAGACGGAUCAGGCGAAGCUCAAGGACCCCGCUUCCUGGAAGAAGUGCACUCCCGGCUCCGACAACGUCAAGUGUGUCAACACAUUCGACUUCACCGUUCCGGAGGAGGUGAAGGAUGGCGACGCAAUCUUCGCCUGGACCUGGUUCAACAGCCUCGGCAACCGCGAAAUGUACAUGAACUGCGCCGCCGUGUCCAUCUCCGGCGGGAAAGACAAGCUCGACGAGCUGCCAUCCCUGUUCGUCGCCAACAUCGGGUCGGUUUCCGGAUCGUGCGAGACCGAGCAACUCAAGAACGUCGAAUUCCCCGACCCGGGCAAGUACGUC